ACCUCCAUUAGACUCGCAUUACAAUAAGCAAGCCUGUUUUAGAAGCCCAAGCGCUACCCGCGACCAAACAACGUCAACUGAUCGUCUUCCCAUUAACUUCGCACCAGCCCUCCGUCGACCGGAUACAGACCACGGACAUAAACUGUGCCUGUUUCUAUCACAUGUAUCACCACAGCCUCUGCCCAUCGCACCUGGCUGCAGAAUUUCGUCAAUGAACAGCGCAAAGACAGCGAUGAUGCCCGUGGCGAUAGGUCUUUCGCCAGUGUCGGAUGCCUCCUCUAAUGGGCAGCAGUCGCCACAUAAUCGAGAAAGGAUGGAGGCCUCGUUUGGAAAUGACCAAAUCAACAAUGGCGAUUUUGCCCACCGCGCCUGCGAAAAAUGUCGCGCAUCCAAGAGGAAAUGCGACAAGACCUUGCCGCACUGCACGAGGUGCACCAGACUCAACGCGAAAUGCAUCUAUCUGGCUGACUCAAUAGGCUCCAAUCAAGGAGUCAAUGGCGCACCCGUGGUGAUUUUUCAACCUCGGCUAUCGUCAAACGACAUGCUUCUGAGGAGUGACAAUCCGCUCCAGGAGAUCAAUCCCUCACAGAUUCUUUCUCUCAUUUCGAAAGAUGCUCAAGCUGGUGAGACGUUGCAUUGGACAGACGGUGUGCGGUCUUACUACGAUUACAUCCACAAUUGGUUUGCCGUCGUUCAACGUGCCCUGUUCGAGCAAAGGAUAACAGCAGCAUGCAGCGCUGCGGAUUCGCCCGACCUCCAAGCUACCCAGGUUUACUCACCACCACUUACGAGCUCCUCUCCAUCAGAGAAAUCUGUUUCCUUGUCGGCGAGUCAAGCCAUGACAAUGUUGAGCUCCACCGCCGAGCCGCAGCUGAGCCGAGAGUUCGCUCUUUUGAUCGUCACCAUGUACUUGAGCACGCGGCACCGGUUCACCAAAGCUGGAGAGCGGCCCAUGUAUGAUGAGAUUUACCAGUUUGUCAAGCGCAUCGUCGCACUGUCGCUACUCGAGAGUCCGCUCCCAAAGAUAGAGCUGGUCCAAUGUGGCGCACUAUUGGCCAUGUAUGAGUAUGGCCACGGUGAUUCCUUGUUGGCAUACAGGACUCUGAGCGACACGGUUGGCGCUGCAAGGGUGAUUCAGGUCAAGCCGGGUACCCAACUCGAGGGAGUCCAAGGUCUGCAUGGACAGAUCAGCAACCUGGAAGAAGAUCAGAAGAGCAGCCUCUGGUGGAGUUUGUUCGUCCUUGACCAGUUUAUUCAUCGGGACAAGGCAGCGGAGGGCCUUCCCUUCAUUUUGGACAGUCCAGACCCAAAUACCUUACUACCACCAGCCACGCGAUCGCCGCCGUCCUCGACUCAGCCUGGGCCGUUCGACGUUAGAUAUCUUUGUGAACAACCUGCAAUAUCACGUAAACGUUUACCUAUUACCGUUGCUGUUGACAUGAAACAGCUCGAGCCAUUCCAGCUUUCUGCAAAAGUCGCUUGCUUGCUACAUCGAGCUCUGCGGCAUGAGCAUUCUGUUCGGUCGCGUCCCUGGGAUUUACCGCCAGUGACUUCAUUCUCUAGCCUGGACUCCGAAAUUCGGGCGGCAACACAAAAGCUUCUACAAGACGAUGUAGCCAACUGGCAGGUGACGCUCGACAGUUUUGCUAUGGCCGUUUCUGCCCUUUUUAGCCUCUAUCUGCCAUAUCUUCCAUUAUUAGAAACGAAAACAGCUGCGGAGAUACAUAACAGCCAUGACUGGAGCACUGCCAUGGCUGCCCUUCGCUUCGCAGCUCAGAUCUCGGUAGACAUUAGUUGUAAAGCCAAUGUAGACGUGGCGAAAACAAUGUCCCAAGAUAUGACAGCUCUGAAGUUUGUCGUGGCUCCUGCAGCACCGACAUGUUAUCUUGUCGUGAAGACAUUGAACAGUGUACGCAAAAUAUUUCCCGAAGAAUGGGCGCGUUGCCAGGAGGACAUGCGGGCCAAGUACGAUAGUCUCAAGGUAUUUGCGCAUCGUUGGGGAAUCGCUGAGAAGAUGAUGCGCCAACUACAAGAAGUGGCUGGCCUGGACCGGAACGAUUUCAUCGAGGCCGAGCCGUGUAAUCCGAUUUCGCCGCCCGAUCCGAUCAACGGCAGCGGACCCAUGGAAAUCUGUGGCUGAUCCUAUCACGCCCGCUAUCGAGAGCAAAAACGCGAAAUAAUGAUUUACCACGAGACAUGUAUAUACGGGUCAAGGCUUAAAACAGCCCAAACAAUCGAAGCAGCACGCGACGCCUACAUUGUCGCCGCUGUAUUCAUAUGAAAACAGAAGCAGCAUAGCAAGAGUGCGGAAGCUCGAGAGACUGUAGGACCAACCUUAUCGGGUCCUGCGCUCACUGACAUAUUUAAUUGUUUUGCACAAACACGUCAAGCGCAGUAAUUUGGGGGCAACUACAGGCUUCGACUUGCGGCUGUAGCCGGAACGGCGUUUGGGAUAUUAUCAUAGCUCUCGCAAGCCGACGAGUUGCGGCAUGAGUAGUGGAGUUUUGUGUAAUCAUAGAUACGGGCUACUCUUCAGGGCACGUGGGGACUGGGAUUGGACCCUUCUGUUUUAUAUUCAGCAUUUGGGAACCACAGGAGAAAAAAGGAGAAGGC